ACCAUGCAUAUGUAAAUAAAGGUACAUUUUAUGACGGAAUAAUAAUAUACAGCCUAACACGUAUUUGCUGCCGUUAUAUCGUACCCCAAAGUUAUUCCAAGUUCAUUGUUCUGAGGUGACGGGAAACGUAGCCGACAAACUGACUCCAGACUCCAAACGGAAAGCUUCUGCGAGACGUUUAUAUAAACAUUUGAAUACCUUACCGUUGCUACAUACCAAUGCUGCUACCGUUUAACGGAUUCUUAAACUCAAAGUUUCUGGGACGGCGCGUGAAAGGGAAAGCAGGAGAAGCGAAUUUUGGGUAUAAUUCUCGGAAGACAAAAUCAGGAUAAUUUUGGGUGUAAGUGAUGUUGUUCCUGACAGUUGAACAAAGCUGCUCGGCAUCGCUUCCCCCACCGAGCCUGCGAAGAAUCUGCUGUACAGAGCGAAGGCUAUAUUGUCUGCCUUGACCCCAGUCCUUAAGUAAAACAAUUUAUUAAAACACAUUAUCUACAAUAAUUAUUGCAAUUUAUAAAUCUUUUUUUAAAAACCGAGUGCAUUAAGAUUUAGUGUGUUCAUGAAAAAUGUCAAGAUUCGAGUUCUUUAACGCCAGAUUUUAGCUAGUACAAUGAAAUGCUUGCUCCCCACUCACUCCCACAGUAUAACUAUAAAUAAAAAUGUGUAUUCACAAAUACAAAAUACAUCUUUAUUGAUUAACCUAAUUUAAACCUGAUAUGUUGCCACCUUUAUAUAUUUUCCUGAAUUUAUUUUGUUAUCAGUUAAGUUCCUGCGAACCACGUCAAAUGUAUAUAUUAAAUCUCAUACUGGUAUUUAUGUCCGUUUAUUGUCUAGAUUAAUUUGAACGCCGAAUCAGUUGUAAACGAUUAAUGAACUCCGGCUGCACAUUACCUGUACACACUCGGGGUGCUUUCCCCGUGUCAGUUAAAACGUGCAGCACUUUUCGAAAUAUUGUUUAAAUAUACAACACUAUACUCAGAUAUGCUAUAUUGAGGUCGCAUAAUACGAGUAUCUACAACCGAACCACCUGCUGCUUAAUAUUUCAGCUUUUUAGUCCUAAUAUAUUUCAUUAAGACCUGUCCCCUGCGUUGUUAUUGAUGCAAUUAAAUUUCAACCAUUUUAAUGAGCUAAUCAAAAACUGUAAAAUUCCUGCAGUAAUUAUGCUUGCCCAAAUAAUGCCUGACAUAUUUACGUUAAAGAAGUAGCUAAAUAACUAGGUUUUCACAAGUUUUUUUACUUGAAAUGAAAACAGUUCGGUCAUAUCAGCUACACAUAAACCUUUAAUUUUGAGAAGAACCAUCGAUUAAUUCCAGUCGUUCUUAUUUAGAUUUGGACAAUUGUUGUUUGAGCUCGAGUCCUUGUCGUGCGCUUCUUGCGGUACCUGCGGAGCGAUGCAUUUUUACCGCGAUGUGUCUAUUAACCUCUGUUCGACCCCGACGUCUCCCCGACUGAAACUACUCCCGCAGUUCCACUCCGUCUCCAGUGUGUGGCGCACUUCGACAACUAAGCAGGCACCGGGGCCAGGGGCGCCCUUCCAUAGCACGCGCCGCCAGCACGAGCAUCCUCCCAGCCUCCCCUGUUUGUGCACGAGUUUACCUCUGGAGGUCAUCAAGCAGGAUUUACGACUGGACAACAAAAGCACGUGAUUCCAAGUCGUACCCCAUAUUUGGGUGCCUACGUAGGAGGGAAUCAAGUACAUGUCCCAGUCAUUUCCAUAAUUCAUCAUAAAUUGUGCAGGGGUGCUAUAGACGCACAAAACCAUCAAGAGCCACAAAUCAAGCACACAUAUUAUUUUCUCUAAGUAAUCACAACCGCGUAAUUAUUAUCAACAAAUGAGCUCUUAUUUUGUAAACUCAUUCUGCGGUCGCUAUCCAAAUGGCGCGGACUACCAGUUACAUAACUAUGGAGAUCACAGUUCGACGACCGAGCAGUACCGGGAUACCUCCGGAAUGCAUUCCAGUAGGUACGGCUAUGGCUUCAACGGGAUGGAUCUCAGUGUCGGUCGGUCUGCCUCCGAGCACUUCGGUGUCACUGAGCGAGCGCCCGGCUACACGCCCAGCUCAACGGCUGCCUCCGCCGAAUCCAGCAGGUUCAACCAGCCGGCUGCGGCGACUCACUCGCCUCAACCUGACCCGUUACCUUGCGCCUCUGUCGCCAGCUCUCCGGUCAGCGAAACUGUCCGCGCUGUUAAAAAUUCAGUAUCCAGCCCCGCCACCUCCUCCUCCUCUAGUUCAAACAACGGCGGCGCGCGGCUGAGCAGGGAAGUUGUCCCCGCCUCGCAGGUCUCUGGAACGGACAAGCCGGCGGGCAGCGCGCGGACAACUUCACAGGACCUCACUGAGGCUAUCCAACCCCAGAUAUAUCCGUGGAUGAGAAAGCUUCACAUAAGUCACGACAGUAUGGCCGGACCGGAGGGCAAACGAGCCAGGACAGCCUACACGCGCUACCAGACCCUGGAGCUGGAGAAGGAGUUUCACUUCAAUAGAUACCUGACCCGCAGGCGGAGAAUCGAAAUAGCGCACACCUUGUGUCUGUCGGAGAGACAGAUCAAAAUCUGGUUUCAGAAUCGGAGGAUGAAGUGGAAGAAAGACAAUAAGCUCAAAAGCAUGAGCAUGGCCGCAGCGGGAGGCGGGUACCGUCCCUAAAUUUUUGUGCACUUCAAACAAAAAAAAGGUACUGGAAGCGUGAGAGGAUUUUUUUUCUCCCCCAUCCAGUGCGCGAGACUUUCCACGAGCUCUGCCGGAGCAGAGCCUACAGGCACUCGUGCCAUUUCCUCUUUUUGAUCGCGUGGUAAUAAUGCUUGUGUGAGUAGACCAGCUUUCUGUAAAAUUGUCGGGGCUUAAUGUAAAACAAAUUGAGGUAUAUGUUAACUUAUUUACUGUUCUGAAGAAAAGACGUCGCCUGAAGUUGAAACCGUAAAAAACCGUCUGAAAAGUUAUGUGCUGCAUUCUGAUUGAAAAGUGAAGAAAUUGCUUAAUAAAUAAAAAUAAAAAAACAGUCUGUUGCUCAUUUGUAUGUAUGUACGUAUGUAUGUAUUCGCUUAAUGUAGGAUGCUAUUAAACAUGAAACAUAUAAUAUUGUUUAAUUGCUCUAAGCUGAAAAACCCCAGUUUCUAUUCCUCUAUGACCAGAAAUACUACCUACCUUGUACUGUAAUUGUUGUGAGUUGUGAAUACGUGACCGACCAGGGCUCCGGCCCAGUCUAUUUUAGCUGUGCCUUCGUAUCUUUAUUUGCACGAAUUUCUGUAAGCUCUUGUUCACAACAGUCUGAGCUUGGCUUGUUUGUGAAACUUUAUCCUGAAGUCUUCUUGCCUGAAUGUUCGGCCUCGUUGUGAUCCGCUUUUGUAAAUGUUUUUAAGAAUGACUGGAAAUAAAAAAAAUGAUAAUAAACUUUGUACUGGAACGUU